AUGGCACUGGACUACGCUACCGGACGGGUUUGGAAUAUAUUGUCCGUUUGUGGAUAAAUAAGCUGAAAAAUCAGCGCCUCGAAGAGUUUUUUUUUUUUUUUGAGACAUUCCUCCUGUGGAUUCGACUCAUGCGCUCUCCUCCCUUAUCUGUACAUGCCAAAACAGAGAUCUGCCCUGUUUUAGUCGUCCCUGGUGACUGGCUGAAUUCCAGUGAGUGACAGGCCUACUGGCAGCAGUUGAUGGUUGGGCAGACUCCCUCAGAUGGGAUCAGUGUCCAGGGGGAGGUGGAGAAGGGGGUUAUGGGGAGCGCUGGCCCCCACUAACGGGAUGGCCUUGUGGGCCUGGCUGCUGGCCGCCGUCCUGCUGUCUCUGCUGACUGUCAGCGUGGCACGGCCACCGCUCACCGGCACCAAGGAGGAGGAGGCAACUCUGGAACCUGAAGAGGCAUCGAACAAAUACCAAAUUUCUAAGCCCACGGUGUGCUCAGUGCACCCGGAGUUGCUGAAGCUGAACUGCCCUCUGCCAGUGACGGGGACCAUCACCUGGACCAAAGAUGGCAGCUCUCUGGGCACCAACAACCGCACGCUGAUAAAGCAGGAGGUGCUGCAGAUUCGUGAUGCCACGCCGAAGGAUUCGGGCCUGUAUGCCUGCACCAGCGUGGGCAAAGACACGGUCUGCUUCAUAGUGAAUGUCACAGAUGCCAUCUCGUCGGGGGAUGAUGAGGAUGAUACCGAGCGAUCGGAGGACGGAGGGGCGGACGGAGAGCAGAUAAGGCCUCCGUACUGGACUUCAUCGGCAAAGAUGGAGAAGAAGCUGCACGCGGUUCCAGCUGCCAACACAGUCAAGUUCCGCUGUGCUGCAGGAGGCAACCCCCGACCCAAGCUACGCUGGCUGAAAAACAGCAGGCCAUUCCGCCAAGAGGACCGCAUGGGGGGCUAUAAGGUGCGGAGCCAGCACUGGACCCUGAUCAUGGAGAGCGUGGUGCCGUCGGACAAAGGCAACUACACGUGUCUGGUGGAGAAUGAAUAUGGAUCCAUCAACCACACCUACACCCUGGAUGUAGUAGAGCGGUCACCUCACCGGCCUAUUCUUCAGGCUGGUCUGCCAGCCAACACCACAGUGUACGUUGGCCAGGAUGCCCGCUUUGUCUGCAAGGUGUAUAGCGACGCCCAACCUCAUAUCCAGUGGCUGAAACACAUCACACGGAAUGGCAGUCGGUACGGCCCUGAUGGACACCCCUACAUACAGGUCCUAAAGACCGCAGGUGUUAACACCACAGAUAAGGAGAUAGAAGUUCUCUACUUGCCCAAUGUAACAUUUGAAGAUGCUGGGGAGUAUACAUGCUUGGCUGGUAAUUCUAUUGGGAUCUCCUUUCAAACUGCUUGGUUGACGGUUCUUCCAGCCAAUAAUGGAAAGAUUCCGGAGCCCAUCUCCCCUGACUACGUGGAGAUUGCUAUAUACUGCGUGGGUGUUUUCCUCAUCAUCUGCAUGGUGGUCAUCGUGAUCAUGUGCCGGUUAAAGAACACAACAAAGAAACCCGACUUCGGGGGCCAACCAGCAGUUCACAAACUGAGCAAGCAGAUCCCGCUGCGCCGCCAGGUGUCAGCGGACUCAAGCACCUCCAUGAACUCCAGCACACCUCUGGUCCGUAUCACCACGCGGCGCAGCUCCGCCCACGAUGAUCCGAUCCCUGAGUACGACCUUCCAGAGGACCCACGCUGGGAAUUUGCACGAGACAGGUUGACCCUGGGUAAACCCCUCGGUGAAGGAUGUUUCGGCCAAGUUGUAAUGGCAGAAGCUUUAGGCAUCGAUAAGGACAAACCCAAGGAGGCCGUAACUGUCGCUGUCAAAAUGCUCAAAGAUGACGCCACAGAGAAAGAUCUGUCCGACCUGGUGUCUGAGAUGGAAAUGAUGAAGAUGAUUGGCAAACAUAAGAACAUCAUCAAUCUGUUGGGGGCCUGUACACAAGAUGGGCCCCUCUACGUGAUAGUGGAAUACGCCUCCAAAGGGAACCUGAGGGAGUACCUCAGGGCCCGACGGCCGCCUGGAAUGGAGUAUUCCUACGACAUCGCUCGCGUCUCAGAUGAACAGCUCACAUUCAAAGAUCUGGUCUCGUGCACUUACCAGGUGGCGCGGGGCAUGGAGUACCUGGCAUCACAGAAGUGCAUACACAGAGACCUGGCAGCCAGGAAUGUCUUAGUGACAGAGAGCAACGUCAUGAAGAUCGCUGAUUUUGGCCUGGCCAGAGACGUCCACAACAUCGACUACUAUAAAAAGACAACCAAUGGUCGACUCCCGGUGAAGUGGAUGGCUCCAGAAGCACUUUUUGACCGGGUCUACACACACCAGAGUGACGUCUGGUCGUUUGGGGUGCUGAUGUGGGAGAUCUUCACCCUUGGGGGCUCCCCCUACCCUGGCAUUCCUGUUGAAGAGCUCUUCAAGUUGCUCAAAGAGGGCCAUCGCAUGGACAAGCCUGGCAACUGCACCAACGAGCUGUACAUGAUGAUGAAAGACUGCUGGCACGCCAUCUCCUCCCAGAGACCCACCUUCAAGCAGCUCGUAGAAGAUCUGGAUCGUAUCCUCACCCUCAGCAGUAACGAGGAAUAUCUGGACUUGUGCACGCCAACAGAGCAGUAUUCUCCCAGCUUCCCAGACACACGCAGCUCCUGCUCCUCCGGAGACGACUCUGUGUUCUCCCAUGAUCCCUUACCAGACGAGCCCUGCCUCCCCAAAUACCAGCACAUCAACGGGAGUGUGAAAACAUGAGCCGCUGUGCCCCUUUGCACCAUUUUACCCCACCUCUCCCAACACACGUAGCACAGACACCCCCAUUGAAAAUCUUGCCUCCCCAUCACCUCCUCUGGUUCCUGGUGGACCGACGGACCCAGACGGACUGGGCUGGUGGCAGUGCCGCUGUCACACCACACACACAACACACUGUGAACACUCACACGAGGACUGACAGAGAGGACAGGGACCCUGUAGGAGAACUCUUUAACUGCCGGGAACAUGCUGGAGUCUCCUCCUCCUCCUGGUUCUGCUACUCCUCCUCCUCCUCCUCCCUUCACAUCAAAAGAUACCUGGACCCUCACAUUGGUACUAGGAGGUUUUUGCCUGUUGGCGAUCUCACUCCCACACUGUGGCGUGCUCUGGGAGGAAUGUAUGGACCAAUGGGAACAUAGAAACAAGGGAGAGAUGAUACAGACACGUAGGAAAAGGUUGGUAAAGCACUUGGACAAACACAACAGGACUAAGAAGCGAGCACUCGUACAAACUGUCCUCGGCUUAUUUUGGGAUAUUGCUGCAUUUCCGUUGCUGUUCUCUCUUGAUAAACCCCAGCUAUUCUGGAGGGGAAAAACAACCACAGUAUAAUGUAUAGUGCUGGGUAUAUUUUGUAAAUAUAUUCAAAUAUGUAUAAAUAUAUAUUAUAUAUUUACAAUGAAUUAUUUUUUGUAUGGACCCUCUUUUUUGACUUUGACAGACGAAUGCUAACAGGUUGUAUCCGAUAUUUCUCUUCAUCCAUUUUGAUAUUCGUACUCUCGGUACUCAGUAACCCAGAUCAUUUUUGGCUUUCAGGGACAGAGGUAGCACGUUAAUUUAUUGACUUAUGUUUUUUAAUGAAUCAAAAGAACAAAAAUGUAAUGACCAUAAUGAUAAUACAUUAAUAAUCCAUUAAAUUUAUAGUAAUUUAAAAUGAUUUUUCAGCAGCUACAGAAAAAUACAUAUUUUAGUAGGUGAAAGAUCCAAGUUUUGUAAGUUUUAUAUAUGAAUGUGAAUAUUAAGUUAAAACGUUUAAAAAGUGUACAUUUUAUAGUCAGCUAAUCUCUCUUAUGUAGAUGUUUAAGCUGUUUCAAUCCAGUCAUUUUAUUCUUCCUUAGCAUUAAGAACAGUGGCUGAUGUCUGGAUGUUUGUACAUGAUUGAAAGAGAUCAUUUGGGAGAUAACUACCGACAGAAAUGAAAGCUGCAACAAAAAGUAUUAAAUCACUUGUGGGUUUUUUGUUUGUUUGUUUUUUUUACUGGACCAACUUUUUUUUUUUUUUUUUUUUUUUUUUUUUUGCAAGUGUUCAGAUCACAUUUGUGGAAUAAAAGCUGUAA